GCCCAUCAUCCCUCUCAACCGCGCUCUGAUCAUCACUGAUUCAUUGGAGUGAGUGGUUAGCGACCGAGCGAGCGCGUGAAAGCAGGUGACCGGCUAGAGAGCAUGGCGCCCGCGACGCGGCGCGCUGCUCUGCCCCGUCGCGGCGGCCUGCUGGCGGCCGUGCUCGCGCUCGCGGCUCUGGCGUCUCCUGCCCGUCUCGCCGCGGCGGCGGAUCGGAGCAGCGGCGCCCCCGACUGGCACGUCGUGCGCGUCAGCUCGCUGCUGCCGAGCGCCGUCUGCACGGCCGCGGGCGCGAGAGCAGCAGCAGCGUCCAACUCGUCGUCGUCCCUGGGCGUCGUGCACCGGCACGGGCCGUGCUCCCCGCUGCUGGCUCGGGCCGGCGGCGCGCCGUCCCACGCGGAGAUCCUGGAGCGGGACCAGGACAGGGUGGACUCCAUCCACCGCAGGGCCGCCGGCGCCGCGUCGGCGGCGGCGGCCGACGCGGCCCGCGCCUCCAAGGGCGUGUCCCUGCCGGCGCGCAGGGGCGUGUCCCUCGGCACGGGCAACUACAUCGUCUCGGUCGGGCUCGGCACGCCCAGGCGGGACUUCUCGGUGGUGUUCGACACCGGCAGCGACCUGUCGUGGGUGCAGUGCAGGCCCUGCAACGGCUGCUACGAGCAGCAGGACCCGCUCUUCGACCCCGCGCAGUCGUCCACGUACGCCGCCGUGCCCUGCGGCGACCCGCAGUGCCGCGGGCUCGACUCGUGGACCUGCACGUCGGGCAGCAGGUGCCGCUACGAGGUCGUCUACGGCGACCAGUCGCAGACCGACGGCAACCUCGUGCGCGACACGCUUGCGCUGGGGCCGUCCGGCGCGCUCCAGGGGUUCGUCUUCGGGUGCGGCGACGACGACUCCGGGCUGUUCGGCAGGGCCGACGGGCUCGUCGGCCUCGGCCGCAACAGGGUCUCGCUGGCCUCGCAGGCGGCGGCCAAGUACGGCGCGGGGUUCUCCUACUGCCUGCCCUCGUCGUCGAGCGCCGCGGGGUACCUGUCCAUCGGCGGCGCCGCGCCGCCCAACGCGCAGUUCACGGCGAUGGUGGCCCGCGGCGACACGCCGUCGUUCUACUACCUGAACCUCGUCGGCAUCAAGGUGGCCGGCCGGACGGUCGGGGUCCCCGAGGCCGUGUUCAGGGCGCCCGGCACGGUGAUCGACUCGGGCACCGUCAUCACCCGCCUCCCGGACACCGCCUACAGGGCGCUCCGGAGGGCGUUCGCGCGCUUCAUGCGCAAGUACAAGCGGGCGCCGGCGCUGUCCAUCCUCGACACGUGCUACGACUUCACGGGGUACACGACGGUGCAGAUCCCGUCGGUGGCGCUGGUGUUCUCCGGCGGCGCUACCGUGAGCCUCGACUUCAGCGGGGUGCUGUACGUGUCCAAGGUGUCGCAGGCGUGCCUGGCGUUCGCGUCCAACGGCGACGACACCAGCAUCGGCAUCCUCGGGAACACGCAGCAGAAGACGUUCGCCGUCGUCUACGACGUGACCAGCCAGAAGAUCGGGUUCGGCGCCAAGGGCUGCGCCUGAUCGAGCGAGGAGUUCGCUACUCUUCUCUAGUCAGAAUCACCGGGGCGCACGGUCGCCGUCGGUGAUUUGAUAGCACGGUUCAUACACGAUGCAGGGCAAAUCGAUGAUCACGAGAUGUUAUGUAGUGUAAUGCGAUACUGAAUGGAAAUAAGCAUCAUCAAGCCGGAAAACAUGCACAAAA